AUGUCAAACCUUCCGUCACCCGCUGAUCAUUCACCAAUAUACACGCCCCUCGCACAAGACCAGAUCCGCGUAUUGCAUAUUGAGGGCAGUCCCGAUGUCGAUGCCAACCUUUCCUUUCGACUCGAAACGGUAUCGCUUCUCGACAAGCCUCAGUAUGUUGCGCUGUCCUACGCGCAGGGCGACACAACCCAUCGAACUCCCGCCACCAUCGACUAUCGGACCGUAAAGAUAGCUGCGAAAUUAGAGGUUGCUCUGCGUCACAUGCGGAAAACCGUCACUGGAAACACUGCCGUGGUCUGGGCCGACGACAUUUGUAUCCAUCAGCGUGAUCUAUCGGAGCGCAGCCAUCAAGUUCUGAUGAUGCAAAGAAUCUACCGGGAAGCCUCAAGCGUGUACGUUUGGCUUGGGCCGGCCAAAGAGCAUACUCCCGCAGCCUUUGACCUGUUGCACGCAAUGCAUCGCGACACCGUCCAAUUCAGACCGUAUGGAAUCCGACCACGCAGAGAGCUUCGACCUCACUUCAUGAAUGAAGCCCACGAAUACCUCGGUCGAUAUAGUUCAAGAACCUCCGCUGCCGAAUUCGCAACGGCUCUCAACGCCUUGUCUUCCGUGCUCAGAACGUCAUGGUUCCAUCGCGUUUGGAUUCUGCAGGAGGCCGUGCUGAACGACAACACCGUGUUGCACAUGGGCCGAUAUGAGCAGACCAUUGUAAGGAGCGGGUGGACUGCUUUUAUAAACAUGAUCGAUCUUCUCGAUACGUUGCCGAAUCAGCAGUCAUUCUGGGAGGCUCGUACGAAGCUGGUCGACUCAACGAGCGGACUACAAGGCCUUAUGAAAGCCGAGGCCUUGGUGCGAUCGCUGUCAGAACCCGGAGCAACGAAUUUCCGUAUCCUGGCGUUGACGAUGUGUCGAGGACGAGGAACAUCAGAAGCUCGUGACCGCGUGUAUGCCGUCCUUGGCCUGCUGCCCGAGACCUUUGGUGUAGUUCCUGACUACGAGAAACCAGUGGAAGACGUCUUCCGCGAAGGCUGCGUGGCGAUGAUUCGGGAGACCCGAGGAUUGCUUCCUCUGACGCAGAUUGGAGCUGUCGUACCUGGUCUUGCUUCGUGGGUUCCGGACUUGCGCCAACCUCUUAGAGAUUCCAACAUUGGCGGUAUGGACACCGAGUCGCCGCAUGUGUACGGACGCUCGACAGAUGACUUCUUUCAGCCCUACGAGGAUCGUCCUGGAGUCCUAGCAGUAAGCGGAGUCGCGAUAGGUGUUGUGCGCAAGGUUUCCCUACCGCUCGGCCAACGUUGGGCAGGACCAGAACUGUUUCCUAGCCCUUGCUGUGGGCGCAUCUCCACCGCGACGCAACAGGUGACGCAAUGCCAGAUUCCAGCGCUUGGGCAGACGCUCUUUUCAAAGCUGUAG